AUGAGAAGGUCCCUUGAGUCUGCCACUGUUGAUGAGGCUGCUGAAGCCGAGAUCACACCGUCCAACUUCGUUUCGUUCCCAUCCCCAGAGCCUCCAUCUCGAGUGAAAGAGGUCAUCGAUGCCUGGGGAUUGAUUAAACAUCCUGAGGGUGGCUACUACAAGGAGACUGACAGGUCUCCAUUUGAGAUGGAUGUUAGCGACACGAAGGCUUCCGAGUCAUCCUCUUCGGUGGUCAAAAGGAACUACUCCACGCUAAUAUACUACCUUUUGACACCUGAUAGUCCCAAUGGUCGGUUCCACAAGAACAAACAUAGAAUUAUACACAUUCUCCAACGUGGCAAGGGCCAGUAUGUCCUCAUCUAUCCCAAUGGUCGUGUAAAAUCCUUCAAGGUGGGUUUUGACUACGCAAAUGGCGAGGUGUCGCAAUGGGUGGUACCAGGAGAAGUCUACAAAGCUAGCUUCUUGGUUCCCAAUGAAGAGUUCUCCAACAGUUUGCUGAUCAGUGAAGUAGUGGUCCCAGGGUUUGAUUUUGAAGACCACAGCUUCAUGUCAGAGGACCAGCUACUUGAGCUAGUUGGUAAGGAGAGAGCUGAGAAGCUCAAGUUCUUGUUAUAG